AUGAAAGGUUACCUCAAAGAUCUCGAAAGCACGCGAGCAGCUUACGACGCAGACGGAUAUUAUCAAGUACGAGUCGCACCGGCGGAAUUAGAAGAUAUUUUGCUCAAACAUCCCGCGAUUAAAGAUGUGGCGGUUGUUGGCAAACCUGAUAGGAAAGGAGAAGUGGCGGUAGCUUUUGUGAUUAAGAAGAAGGGGGUGGAGGUGGGAGAGAAGGAGAUUGUUGAGUUUGUGAAGAAGUUUGUGACUGAGGAGAAGUGGUUGCACGGUGGGGUGAGAUUUGUGGAUAGUAUACCCAGGAAUCGAAGUGAAAAAAUUUCGCGCAAGGAUUUGAGGAAACUGCUUGAGGAGGAAUUGAAAUAA